AUGGAUAAGUCGAAGAGCUUCCACUAUGCUCUGCUUGCGAUAUUCACUCUUGCAGCAUUGAUUCAUGCUCAGAAUCAAUCAGACUUCAUUAGCAUAGAUUGCGGGAAAGCAGAAGGUCCUGACUCUACUGAUCUUGCUAAUGGUAUAAAGUACACUUCAGAUGAAAACUUCAUUGAUACAGGGUUAUCAGGGAGUGUAGAUCCCAAAUUCUUCAGCAAAGACUCUGAAGAUCCAUUUAAUACUGUGAGAAGUUUUCCAGAAGGUAAAAAAAACUGUUACACCCUGAAUCCUACUCAAGGAAAAAACGGUAAGUAUUUGAUCAGAGCCCGUUUCAUGUACGGAAACUACGACGGAAAAAAUAAAACGCCACAGUUUGAUCUAUAUCUGGGGGGUAGUCUCUGGGAGACAAUAAAUCUGGACCAUGUUUACAGCCCUUUAACCAAGGAGAUCAUACAUGUUCCUUCAACAGAUUAUAUAUUUGUGUGUCUUAUUAAUACAGGCCUCGGAGUACCAUUUAUAUCAUCUCUAGAGCUUAGGCCUUUGAAUACUUCGCUUUACAAGACAGAGAAUCCGUCCACUGAAUCCCUUGCACUCCUAGCACGAUUUGACUUGGGUUCUAAUCCUGAUCAACCAGCAGUCAGAUACAUGGACGAUAUAUAUGACCGCAUUUGGACGCCCAAAAUCACUUCUGAUUGGGAAACAUCGAGACCCUUGAUUAACAAUAUUGAUGCCCAAACUCUGAAUGAUGCCCCUUACCGAGCACCAGUUUCUGUCAUGACUACAGCCGUCAAACCAAAUAACGAUGAUGGGAGCUUGGUCUUUUCUUGCUAUUUGUCAGCAGAUCCAAAUUACCGAUACUAUUCUUACAAGUAUUUUGCCGAAAUAGAGAAACUACACAGCAACCAAAUCAGAGAAUUCAACUUGCGCGAAAACGGGGAACAAAUUUAUGGGCCUUAUAGGCCAGAAUACUUGUCCACAUUGACAGUCCCUUCGGGACCACUGAAAGCAGAAAGUAUCAAGAUUGAAAUCACAAAAACUGAAAAUUCAACCCUUCCACCCAUUCUCAAUGCCGUCGAGGUCUACAGGGUAAGAGAUUUCUCGCAACCGUUAACACUCCAAAAUGAUGUGAAUGCUAUGAUGAGUAUAAAAAAAACCUAUCAAGUGAGAAAAAAGGACUGGCAAGGUGAUCCCUGCGCCCCUAAAAAUUGCUUCUGGGAAGGCAUUAGUUGCAGCAGCUUGGAGAACAAUAGUCCUCUUAGAAUCAUUUCCUUGAACUUGUCUUUGAGUGGAUUGACUGGACAGAUAACUCCAACCUUUGCGAAUUUGACAUCACUUCAACAUCUGGAUCUAUCUUAUAAUAGCUUCAGUGGAUCAGUGCCUGAUUUUUUCUCUCGAAUGCCAUCUUUGAGAGUCUUAAACUUAAAGGGAAACGAGUUCACAGGAUCACUUCCAGCGGAACUCGAGAAAAGGUUGAACAAUGGAUCACUAAUUUUAAGAGAUUGCAAAUAUUUCAGAGAAAAUGGUCUCUUGUAUAUUAACUAUCCCUUGCUCUUUUGUAUAUAUAAUUUGUAUGAAUAUAAUUACUUAUGUUAUAUAUAUCUAUGUUUGUUAUUUCAAGUCUUACUGCUAAUUUAUUAUCAAUCGAUUGAUGAAAGGAUGGACGACUUAAAUCAAAAUAAUACGCUGUCGCCUUCAAGCCAAAACAAGAACUCGGUUGUUACUCCACUAGUAGCAUUUCUUGCGGCAACAUUGUCCGCAGUCAUUAUCGGAUUGACUAUCUUCUGCAGCCUUAAAACAUGGAGGAAGAAUGUUGUUGGGAAGGCAGAAAUCCUAUUAGAAAAUCAAAAUGAUUCAUUUGAAUCUAAGAAUCGGCAAUAUGCAUAUUCUGAUGUCAUAAAAAUUACCAACAACUUCACGAGGGUUCUUGGAAAUGGAGGAUUUGGAACAGUUUAUCAUGGCUGCAUUGGGGAUAAUGAAGUAGCUGUGAAAAUGCUCUCUCCAUCAUCCGCACAGGGUUACAAAGAGUUCCAUGCAGAGGUAAAACUUUUAAUGAGAGUUCAUCACAGAAACUUGACUGCACUUGUUGGUUACUGCAUUGAUGGCAAAAAUAUGGGUCUUAUCUAUGAGUACAUGCCGAUGGGAACCUUGGAACAACAUUUGUCAGGUAAAAUUGAGUAUAUCUUGAGUUGGGAAGAAAGAAUGCGAAUAGCAGUCGAUGCUGCACAGGGAUUGGAGUAUUUGCACAAUGGCUGUAAGCCACCCAUGGUCCAUAGAGAUGUGAAGCCUUCAAACAUUUUAUUGAACGACAAGCUACAAGCCAAGAUAUCUGAUUUUGGCCUCUCCCGUGUAUUUUCAACUGAAAGUAGCACUGCUAUAUCAACCACGGUUGCUGGCACCGCGGGCUACCUUGACCCAGAAUGCGUGAUUAUGUCCAACGGGUUGAAUGAAAAGAGUGAUGUUUAUAGUUUGGGACUCGUUCUUUUAAAUAUAAUCACCGGCCAGCCAGUGGUAUUAAAAUCCUUCCGAAAUAUGCACAUAAUUGAAUGGGUUAAAUCCAGGCUUGCAGGAGGGGAUAUUAGAGAGAUAGUUGAUCCACGUUUAGGGGACCAUUUCAACAUCAAUUCAGCGUGGAAAGCGGUGGAAGUAGCACUUGCUUGUACAUCUCAGUUUUCCUCAACAAGGCCAACCAUGAUCGAGGUAGUGAUGGAUUUGAAAGAGUGUUUGGCAAUAGAACUUGUUCAGAAUAAUAAUGAAGGCGAAUGCAAAGUUAACAGCAUUGUUAUUGAUACUGAAACUGCUCCCCUGGCGAGGUAG